CCUGAUAAUCAAAGUAGGUCAUCUUUGAGGUUGCAGUGACAAGCAUUCUUCACCUCUUCAAAACCAAUCGGCAAUCAGAGUAAGACUCUCUAUAUAUACCGUGUCAUAACACCUGGCGAUCGUCUGGCCAUCCUCACUGUCACGUGCAUUACUACGAAAUUCGGCCCGCGUUACGGAGAUCACCUGCAGGCCACGCCCGGAACAAUAGACCUUUCGAGACCUCCGCCUAAUAACAUUCUCUGAGAAUCACACAACUGUCUUACAGGAGCGAGAAACUGGACCGAAGAACAAAUUUGUGACGGCAAUCACCUCUCAUCUUCCUCGCAGCGGUCUCGAAAAGCUGGCGCCCUCCAUAUUCUUAUCCUCACAUCCAUCAAAGCAACCCAUCGACACCGCCAAACUGUCUUCCACCGCCACAUUGCAGCGAUCUAGCAUCACCUUCGCGGAGAAGGUCAAUCCUCCGCCGGCCCCGGCCUGUGUGCAGUCAGCCGAGAAGAAGAUGAGUUCCCAAACACUCAAGGAGAAGGACAAUCCCAGGAGGCGGAGGAGUAGCAGUCUGAUGUAUCAGGAGCCGCCUGAGAGUUUGGAGCAACAAAGUGAUCAGGCAGCACUGCCCAACUUGAAUUCACAAUGGGUGAAUGCCAAAGGAGCCUGGAUGAUCCACAUAAUCAUUAUUCUCUUGCUGAAGAUUGUCUAUGAUAUCGUACCUUCGAUCACACAGGAGACAUCCUGGACCUUGACGAACACGACCUACAUGUUUGGAAGUUACCUCAUGUUCCAUUGGGUCCGCGGCAUUCCUUUCGAGUUUAACGCCGGCGCGUACGACAACCUCAACAUGUGGGAGCAGAUUGACAACGAGGAUCAAUAUACCCCGGCGAAGAAGUUCCUCCUCGCCGUACCUAUAUGCUUGUUCCUCAUCAGCACACAUUAUACCCAUUACGACCUGGCAUAUUUCAUGGUCAACUUUCUCGCAACACUAGCGGUUGUGGUACCGAAGCUACCAGCAUUUCACCGCACUCGUUUGGCUAUUUUCAAUCCUGAACCGCAGCACCUGGAGGGUAGCUAACGGCUGUGUUUAUUACUUAUUCUUGUUUUAAUGGCGUUGAGACAGAAGCGACAAGCUAGCUGACGACCCGGCGAUGAGUUUCACACUAUGUAAAAGUAAUCAGAGUCUUGAAAAGUUUCGCGUUCAACGAAGGUCAGGGGUUCCUCUUUCAUCACGGACAGGUGCGCGUUGCUCCUCCCUGAGAUGUCCUGUCUUGUGGUCGUCACAUACGCUGGACAUAUUCGAAUAUGUCAAGUCUUGAUCAUCACACCAUCUGCCGUACAAUGCCAACCCAGCACUUCCAAGUCGUCGUGGGCGUGGAUAACUUGUCUCUAGAUCCAUUUGUGAAGCCC